UAACAAUGCUGCAGCAGAAGAACUCGUUUUCCUGCCUGCGAAUAAGUAAACGACGUGCCAGUAACUAGCCCACUGAAUCACGAAAUAAGGUCACAGUAAGAACAGCAGCCCGGCAAGCAAACAGUAGUAUGAGAGCCGAAGACGCACGGCGUGGAAAGCAAGUAGCCAUUGGGGAGUCUUGUUGCUUACCGCCCAAGACAUGUCUUCGCUUUCAGAAUACGCAUUGCGCAUGUCUCGGCUGAGCGCCCGGCUCUUUGGUGAAGUGGCCAGGCCUACUGAUCCGAAGUCCAUGAAAGUGGUGAAGCUAUUCAGUGAACAGCCCUUGGCCAGGAAGAAGGAGACUUACGACUGAGAUGAGCAUCAGGAUUUUAAGGAUGAGCAAAGGCGUCUAAAGAAACUCCGUGGAAAAGGGAAACCAGGAAAAGGAGAAGGGAAAAGAGCCACCAAAAAAAAAUAAUGUCAGCUUGUCAAGAAAGAAAACUUCCUGCUCAGCCACUAAGAGAAGAAAGCAUAUAUAUUGGCUUUUCAUCUAUUAGAAGUAUGUGACCUUCCUUGGUGACCAUCAUCCCCAUGUUGAAAUCCAGUUCAUUUAAAUUGGGACCGGUUUCUUGAACACAUUCUAAUUCUGCAGAAAUAACUUGGCCUUGGUUUUGUAUUCUGAGGUUUACCUAACUCUUCAAUGGAAUGAAUGAACGAUUGUUUAGUGACUUGUUUGAAGUCAGAAUGGGAGGUAGGCGGAGGGGACGGAAAGCCUCAUGAAAUGAGUGUCGUCCGCUCUCUCCCGUGCUCCAUGGCUUCCCUCCUCACCCAGCCUGAACCUCUCCUUUCAUUCUGUCAUUGAGCCAUGGUCUUCACCACCAGGCUCACACACGUGGCCACCUCCGCCUGCUCCCAUGAGUACCUGAAUGGGAUCUGAGGCUGUUCUGGGAAAGAAGAGCAUGAACACCUACCAUGUAUAAGGGACUGGAGCUCUGGUGUACAGUAGUAACAGAAACCAUCUUUAGCUCUGGAACUGCCAAUUUUGUAGAAGAGACUGGUAUAACUAAAGUAUUAAAUGGUACAAAGAGAAAA